AUGGAAAACGACCCGAAUAACACAACGGCGGGUCGCGAGACUGGACGGUGCAUGUCGGUGGCGGCGAUGCAGGCGCUGCACCGACUGCGCGAGUGCCGGCUGCUCUGCGACGCCAUAGUGCGAGCAGACGACGGCGCCGCCUUCCCUGUGCACCGUGCCAUACUCUCAGCCUGCAGCCCAUACUUCCUGUACGAUCUUAAUUUAUACCUAUAUUUAAACUUAAAGGCACUAUUUACAACAACGUUGCACUCUCGCGAACAAAGCGACGUGCUGAUAUCGGGCGUGCGGUCCGAGAUCCUGCUGCUACUGAUUGAGUACGCGUACCUGCGCCGCAUCGAGGUCACCGACGUGAACGUGCACGAGUUGCUCAUGACUGCGGACUACCUCGCCUUCCUCGGUGUGCUGCAGCUGUGCUGCGACCAUCUGAGGGCCUCUCUCAACCCUAAAAACUGUCUCGGAAUUAUGAUGUUUGCGAGACGUGUGUUUUGUUAUAAGCUAGAGGCGGACGCUAGACGUUAUUUGUUGCGUUAUUUCGUGACAGUAGCGACCCAAAGCGAUGAAUUCCUCCACCUGCCUCUCGAAGAACUCAACUCUAUUAUAUUAGAAGAUGAACUUAACGUUAAGAGCGAAGAAGUGGUCUGGGAAGCGGUGCUUCGCUGGGUCAAUUAUGAUCCAGACAGUCGUUGGCAGCACACCGUCAAACUGAUGGGCAGUAUACGACUUGGACUUCUGGAUACACAAUUUUUCUUAGAAAACGUAAAGGACCAUCCAUACGUGACUGGCAACGAAGGUUCGCGGCCAAUUAUUAUUGAAACUUUAAAGUUCCUGUACGACUUGGAGAUGAUUGCCCAGAGAGACGGUGAAGUGGCUACGCCGGAGAUUGCUCGGCCAAGAGUCCCACACGAAGUUCUAUUCGCUAUUGGAGGAUGGAGCGGUGGAUCCCCAACAGCUUUCAUUGAAACAUACGACACAAGAGCUGAUAGAUGGAUAAAGGUCGAGGAGGUGGACCCAGCAGGUCCGCGAGCAUACCACGGCACAGCUGUGCUAGGUUACUGCAUAUACGUGAUUGGUGGCUUUGAUGGAAUGGACUAUUUCAACUCGUGUCGCUGCUUCGACGCGGUUUCCAAGUCUUGGCGUGAGGUGGCACCAAUGAACGCACGUCGUUGUUAUGUGUCUGUGGCGGUGCUGGGAGAGACAAUAUAUGCGAUGGGAGGCUACGACGGCCAUCACCGGCAGAACACGGCUGAGCGGUUCAACCACCGCACCAACCAGUGGUCGCUCGUCGCACCCAUGAACGCGCAACGGUCAGACGCAAGCGCAGCGGCCCUAGACAAUAAGAUAUACAUAACGGGAGGUUUCAAUGGCCAGGAGUGCAUGAACAGCGUGGAGGUGUACGAUCCGGAUACGAACCAGUGGACGAAUCUGGCUCCGAUGCGGUCGCGCCGGUCCGGCGUCUCGUGUAUCGCUUACCACAACAAGGUAUUUAGGUAUUAUUGCUUGUAACCUUAUUGUAAAAUAAACAAAUGAAUAGGCUGCGCGACGUCGCCGCGUCCGCGCACGCUGCUCAUGAGGAAGAACCCCUCUGUGGUUCGAAACUAGUAGAGCUUUUCUCAAUAUACACACGUGAGUAACCCGCGAUUUUUAGUUAAUUUAGUAUGUCUCACGAUAGUUAUUAUAAAAACAA